GAAUAUUCCUGCCGAAUUAAACUAGAACGAGAUGGGAAUUUCAAAAGUGGAUUUAUUUGCCUUUGCUGCUGCUCUUUUCUGCUCCCUUGCAAGUGAAGUUCAUAGUGAAAAACUACCUAUCGUCUUAUGGCAUGGCAUGGGUGAUACUUGCUGUUUUCCGUUCAGUUUGGGAGGCGUAAAAAAAUUUCUUGAAUCUGAAAUAGGUGUUUAUGUGAAAUCUAUUGAAAUUGGCAACUCUAUUACUGAAGAUUUCAAAAGCGGCUACUUAGUGCAUCCCAAUCAACAGGUUGAAAUGGUGUGUGCUGAUCUGAACAACGAUACCAAAUUAAGCAACGGAUUCAAUGGGAUUGGAUUUUCUCAGGGCGGACAAUUCCUACGGGCAGUGGUUCAAAGAUGCUCAUCGUUGCGCAUGAGUAAUUUAAUUACCCUAGGCGGUCAGCAUCAGGGCGUGUUCGGUUUGCCGAAUUGUCCCUCCCUGAGCAGUCGAACCUGUGAACGGUUUCGACAAUUACUAAACUAUGCUGCGUAUACGGAAUUAAUGCAGAAUUUUCUCGUUCAAGCAACUUAUUGGCACGAUCCUUUGGAUGAAGCAAAAUAUAAAAAUUCCAGCACAUUUUUGGGUGACAUUAAUAAUGAACGUUCUGUUAAUCAAACAUAUGUCGAUAACUUGAAGAAGCUGAAUAACUUUGUCAUGGUUCGAUUUAAUAAGGAUAGCAUUGUGCAACCAUUGGAUUCCCAGUGGUUUGGCUAUUACAAACCGGGCCAGGAUAAGGAAACGCAAGGUUUACGGGAUAGUGAAAUCUACAUUCAGGAUCGCCUUGGACUACAAGAAAUGGAUAAACAAAACAAGAUUGCAUUCCUGGAAUGUGAAGGAAACCAUUUGCAAUUCACCAAAGAAUGGUUUAGAAGGGCAUUAUUUCCUUACUUGAAGUAGUUACGAUUAUAGGGCACAUUUGUCAACUAGUUGAAUUCCAAACGAGCUUUUCAUUAUGGAACAACUAUAUUCAUUGCGGAUGCCAAAAAGGCAACAAGUGACCGAAAAUAUUCGCUAUUUAAAGCCAUCUAUAAAGGUCAACAGGAAUUCAAAACGAAUGACUGUUAAAGAUGAUUCGAACAAAAUUUCUUAUCGACUUUUUAUUCUACCGCAGAAAGGCAUUAGGUUACACAAUAAGUGUGGUUUCAAAGGUAUUUCUAAAAUCAAAUAAAUGAGAGAUCAACUGUG